AUGAACGACCGAUUAUCCUAUCAGGAUAUCCAAACUGUUGCGAGCAAAGAAGGGUCGGAUGCACCAUCAGGACCAGCGGUUGAUUUAUUUUCGUAUUUCGGAAUAAUUUGUGAAAACAGAACAUGGUACGCAACGAAGUAUCCGGUCGGAAUUGAAUAUUUGGAUGAAGAAAAAAAAUAUCAAUACUUUGGGGGUCCAGAAGAGUUCAAUGGAAAGAAAUCCCAAAUAAUUCGCUUGUCGUGCAGACCAUCGGAAUGA